CACCUUAAUUUACAGAAAAGGCAUCUGUUUUAGUAGGUAUAACAUCUGUCUUGUCAGUGCUACUUGUGGUUGCUGGUGUAAAGUGAAUAUCUGAGUCUGGGAUGUAGUCUUUCAAGGAUAUUCUACUCAGCAGUGAGAUUGGCUUGAGGUUUUGUCAUAGUCGCCAUGGGGGACCUGGGAUUGGGCCGGGAGUUCCAUACCUGGCACCAGUUCAGCACGUUCAUUGACGACUGGUGCGAAAAGCACAAGGUGCUCUUCAUUGUCGCCAGCCUGAAGCCGCUGAUCUCACUGCGCCAGAACCCGCCGCACCAUCAGCCCAGCCUGGCUGAGAUCCUCCGCUUCCGUUUUGUGCGCCUCAUCUGCAAGCACAGUGGGACCUAUGUUGGGCAGAGCACGGUACAACGCAACCGCCUCAGUGAGAAAAUUGACUGCCCCGCCUCCAUCACACUCCGCCUGGGCCCCAAGAAGGACCGCUUGGUGGUGAUCGAGGCCAACCUGGAGCACAACCACCGUCUGUCUGAACUGGAGUUUGCCCUCCACUUCAAGCGGCACCAGCUGAAAGCAAGCCUGGGGCUGCCCAUCCGCAUCACCAACAGCAUUUCCAAGCGCUUCCUGGCACCUGAUCUUAUCUGGAACCUAGAGGAUUAUAGCAAAGCCAAAGACAAGGGCAUGUGUGAGCUCUUGGCUGUCCUGGAUGGACUCUUCAAAACAGAUCCCGGUGCCAAAGUUAAACUAGUGUUCGAGGAGGAUGUGGCCAUCCUCAACAGCAUUUUUCUGGCCACUUUGUGCAUGCGCAAACUGGUGCAGCGCUUCCCAGCCCGCCUUUUCCUGGAGCGUGCAGCUUGCCUCAAUGCAGACUUUGAGCUCUACACGGUGCUGUGCCAGGAUGCCAAUGGGCGCGGGCGGGAGGUAGCCUAUUGUCUAGCACGCCAGGGACUGCCUGACCUGCUCAUAUUCAUUGUGGCUUCGUUGGUGCAGAGCGCCCCAGACAUCAAGCUGCGGGUGAAAGUAGUUACUGUUGGGGCUGGUGUAACAGGCCUUGAUGCCGUAGAGGAGGUGCUGCCAUGUGCCCGAGUGCAGAUUUGCCGCCUGCAGGUCUUGGAGGCGCUCUACCGCAAAGCCUGUGAAUUGGCUGUCCCCAAGGAAGACCAGGUACGUAAUCUGCUGCUCAACCUGGCUAAUGCCAAUUCGCCACGGGUCUAUAGCCAGUACCUGAGUGACCUCGAAGAUGUGGCUCCACUUUCCUUUCUACAGCACUUCCUGGAGCGCUGGCACCCCCACAAAGGUAUGUGGGUAGAGUGCUGGGCCUUUGAGAAGAACCAAGAAUGCCCAUUCCUGGACCACCUUAGCACGCACCGCCGCAAGCUGCUGACAACACUCAAUCCCCCCAUGGCACUGGCUUCCUGUGUCCAGGGUCUGUUGGAUCUCCAGGCCUUGCAUGUGGAGACUUCAACACUAAAUGUGGUGCCAGUGGUUGAACUCUACCAGACUGUCUGCCUGCCUGACAGUGCUGACCUGGUAGCUGAGGAACUAGAUUUGGUGCCCCAUGUACACUACGAGCUCAAGGACGCUCCUGAUGGGUACCUCUUGGAGGGAAGCACUUGCUCCUUUCUGGUGAGCCAGGAUCUGGCCACUUGUAGCUGUUCUAUUUAUAUGGCACACCAACUGCCUUGCCGACAUAUCUUUGCUGCACGCCUUUGGGUAGGAGAGCCCCUCUUUGACCCCAGCCUACUGCCCAGUUCACCAGAUGGACAUAAAAAUAGCACAGGACAGGAGGAGUGCUAACCAAGAGACCUGUUGGACUUAUGUCAGCCCAAGGCAAGUGCUGUAUGCAUUGAAUGGUGGUGCGCAGG